AUGGAGAAAACACCAGAGGCUACGACAGCCCCGACUGUCCCUCAUGAUCCUGUGUUGGAUCCAGAGCACCAACAUCACCAUACCCAUCAACACCAUACUACCUUCGCCGAGGAGGGUCGCACAGAUGAAGUCGUCUAUUCCAAUGAUGUCCAGUUCGAGAAAGGCGUGGUCCCCGAACCAACACCACUAGACCACGGCAGCAAGUCGAGCUCAAGGGAUGAAGAAGCGGGCGAGAACUAUCCCCAGCGAACAUGGUAUCGACGCGCGAUGAAGCAAUGGAGACAUGCCGUCCAUCUAGUGAUCUGGCUUCUGUUUACCGGCUGGUGGAUCGCGGGUUUGAUCUUGCAUCGACAUGACCUCGGAUGGCUCAUCCCAUUCCUGCUCUGGCUUGCUAUUACCCUACGCAUGAUCUUCUUUUAUGUUCCCAUCACCAUCGUGACGAAGCCGAUGAGCUUCGUAUGGACACACACGGCCCGUGUGAUCGUGCGUGCUAUCCCAGAGAAACUGAGGACGCCCGCCGGCGCCCUGGUAUGCAUUGCAGUCAUCAUCAUUGGAGCAUUCGCCUCCCCAGAGACCGAAGACAACACACGAGCCAGCCGUGCCGUCAGUCUCUUCGGUAUGGUAGUCUUCAUUUUCGGUCUGUGGCUCACCUCCCGCAACCGUAAGAAGAUCGUCUGGCACACCGUCAUCGUCGGCAUGCUGUCGCAGUUCAUCGUGGCCCUCUUCGUGCUCCGCUCUGGCGCCGGCUACGACAUCUUCAACUUCAUCUCCGAGCUUGCUCGUGACCUCCUCGGCUUCGCCAUUGACGGUGUCACCUUCCUGACCAGCGAUGACUUCUACGCAACCACGACGCCCUUUGCCCCGGCAAACUUCUUCCUGAUCAGCGUCAUCCCAGCCAUCGUCUUCUUCGUCUCCAUUGUCCAGCUCUUGUACUACACCAGCAUCCUGCAAUGGUUCAUCGGAAAGUUUGCCGUCUUCUUCUUCUGGAGCAUGCGCGUUUCCGGCGCCGAAGCCGUCGUCGCAGCCGCAUCCCCCUUCAUCGGCCAGGGAGAAUCAGCCAUGCUGAUCCGCCCCUUCAUCGCCCAUCUCACAAUGGCCGAAUUGCACCAAGUCAUGUGCUCGGGUUUCGCUACAAUCGCCGGAAGUGUCCUGAUCGCUUACAUUAGUAUGGGUGUGAACCCACAGGCCCUAGUCAGUUCCUGUGUCAUGAGUAUCCCCGCUUCGCUGGCCGUCUCGAAGCUGCGCUGGCCAGAAGAGGAAGAAACCCUCACCGCUGGCCGUGUCGUCGUCCCCGAUAACGAAGAGCACAAGUCUUCCAACGCCCUGCACGCUUUCUCCAGCGGUGCCUGGCUCGGUCUGAAAAUCGCUGCGAUGAUCGGUGCCACCCUGCUCUGUAUCAUCUCCCUCGUCGGUCUGGUCAACGGUCUCCUCACCUGGUGGGGCAGGUAUCUAAAUAUCAACGAUCCCCCUCUGACCCUGGAAUUGAUCGUCGGCUACAUCUGCUACCCCAUUGCCUUCCUGCUGGGAGUUUCCCGUAACGGGGAUCUCUUGAAGGUCGGCCAGUUGAUCGGUCUGAAGCUCGUUACCAAUGAAUUUGUCGCCUACAACGCCCUCCAAAAUGACGCCGCUUACGCUGAUCUCACGGAUCGCUCCCGUCUCAUUGCCACCUAUGCGCUUUGCGGUUUCGCCAAUAUUGGAUCCCUGGGUAACCAGAUUGGUGUGCUGGCGCAGAUCUCGCCCGGUCGUGGUGGUGAUGUGUCGCGUGUUGCAUUCAGUGCUAUGAUUACUGGUGCCAUUAGUACUUUUACUAGUGCUACUAUUGCUGGUCUGCUUAUCACUAAUGAGCAGCAGUACUUUAGUAAAGCUACUUAA